AUGGCUUUAUCUUCUUUUCUCUCUCGCCUGCGUUCUUCUUCAAAACCCAUUUAUUCCAAUCUAAAAAACUCAUUUUUCCAUAAGCAGAACACCCUUCUAUCAAGAACUCUCAUCGUGGGCUCUGAAAACAGUAAAAAACCAUUUCAAUCCUCAUGGUCCAACCCUUUGCUUCUCAUGGCUUUAGCUGCCUCUGCUGGCUCACUUGCUGUGCAAUUUCCUAACAACGAUGGUUCAUCAUUUUGUGAUGCCCCAAAUAUUAAUCAAAUAGGUAAUAGCAUUGGUGGCAAAGGCAGUACUGAAUAUCUGGUCAAAGGUUCGUAUAGAAAAGUUCCACAAGAUCUUAUUGAUCAAUUGAAGGACAUCUGCCAGGAUAACAUGACAAUGGACUAUGAUGAUAGAUACAUCCAUGGGAAGCCUCAAAAUAGCUUUCAUAAAGCAGUGAACAUCCCUGACGUGGUUGUUUUUCCAAGGUCUCAAGAGGAGGUGUCCAAGAUUGUUAAAUCUUGUAACAAGCACAAGGUCCCUAUUGUUCCCUAUGGUGGAGCUACAUCAAUUGAGGGCCACACGUUAUCCCCCAAUGGUGGCGUUUGUAUUGACAUGACUCAAAUGAAAAACAUCAAAUCAUUAAAUCUUGAGGACAUGGAUGUGGUUGUUGAACCUGGGAUUGGGUGGAUGGAACUUAAUGAAUACCUGGAGCCUUAUGGCCUAUUCUUUCCUCUUGAUCCAGGUCCUGGAGCAACAAUAGGGGGAAUGUGUGCUACACGUUGCUCUGGUUCUUUAGCUGUAAGGUAUGGAACUAUGCGCGAUAACGUCAUCAAUCUUAAGGUUGUUCUAGCCAACGGAGACAUCGUCAAGACAGGAUCCCGCGCAAGGAAAAGCGCUGCAGGGUAUGAUCUGACACGUCUAAUGAUUGGAAGUGAAGGAACCUUGGGUGUUAUAACCGAAGUCACUCUACGUCUGCAAAAGAUUCCACAAUACUCAGUGGUUGCAAUGUGUAACUUUCCUACAAUUAAAGAUGCAGCAGAUGUUGCUAUUGCCACUAUGAUGUCUGGCAUACAGGUUUCAAGGGUGGAGCUUAUGGAUGAAGUUCAAGUGAGGGCAAUUAAUAUUGCUAACGGGAAAAAUUUACCUGAAGUUCCGACUUUGAUGUUUGAAUUUAUUGGCACAGAAGCGUAUGCACGUGAACAAACACUUAUAGUUCAGAAGAUAGCUUCAGAACACCAUGGAUCUGAUUUUGUGUUUGCAGAGGAUUCUGAAGCGAAAAAGGAACUUUGGAAGAUAAGAAAGGAGGCCCUUUGGGCAUGCUUUGCUAUGGAACCAAAUUUUGAAGCAAUGAUAACGGAUGUAUGUGUUCCGCUAUCAAGCCUUGCAGAUUUGAUAUCAAUAUCUAAGCAAGAGCUGGAUUCUUCAUCUUUAGUAUGCACCGUCAUUGCUCAUGCUGGUGAUGGAAACUUCCACACUGUGAUUCUAUUUGAUCCUGACCAAGAGGAACAAAGGAAGGAAGCUGAGAGAUUAAACCACUUCAUGGUGCAUACAGCUUUAGCCAUGGAAGGAACAUGCACUGGUGAACAUGGCGUUGGCACCGGGAAAAUGAAGUACCUCGAGAAAGAACUAGGAAUCGAGAAUUUGAGGGCAAUGAAAAGGAUAAAAGACGCUUUAGAUCCCAACGGCAUCAUGAAUCCAGGAAAGCUCAUCCCACCUCACGUUUGUAUAAUCCAAGUUUACAGCGACGGCUCCAUUUUCCGGUCCGAGGUAACAAAUUUCCCCACUAAAGUCCAGGACGAUGGCUCUGCAAUAUGGAAAGAUUGUCUAUUUGAUAAGAAACACAAUCUUUUCCUCCGCCUCUACAAGCCGCGAGCAGCAGCAGCCAAACUCCCAAUUCUAUACUUCUUCCACGGCGGAGGCUUCUGUCUUGGUUCACGCACAUGGCCCAACUGUCACAACAGCUGCCUCCGCCUCUCUUCAGCACUACCCGCGGUGGUUAUCUCCGCAGACUACCGCCUGGCGCCGGAGCACCGCCUUCCGGCAGCCAUGGAUGAUGCAAUGGCUGCGGUUAAAUGGCUCCAAACUCAGGCUCUAUUGAACAGUUCUGAUCCAUGGUUAUCUGAUGGGGUUGAUUUUGACCGGGUUUUCAUAGUGGGAGACUCCUCAGGUGGAAACCUAGCGCACCAUUUGGCGGUUAAGCUCGGACCCGGGUCGCCGGAGUUGAGCCCAGUAAGGGUUAGGGGUUAUGUGCUAAUGGCACCAUUUUUUGGUGGUACUGAGAGAACCAAAUCGGAAGUCGAGGGUCCGCCGGAACCCUACCUGAACUUGGAGAUUCUUGACAGAUUUUGGAGGCUGUCAAUACCAGCUGGAGACACUGCAGACCAUCCCCUGGCAAACCCAUUUGGGCCUUAUAGCCCAAAACUUGAAUCAAUAAUGCUUGACCCAAUGUUGGUGAUGGCAGGAGAAUGUGAAGUGAUGAAGGACAGAAUUGAGGACUACGCAAAAAGACUUGAAGAAAUAGGAAAGAAAAUUAAAUAUGUUGAAUACCAAGGAAAACAACAUGGUUUCUUCACAAAUGACCCUUUCUCAGAAUUGGCAAACAAAGUGUUGGAAGAAAUAAAACAUUUCAUGUCUGAAAACUCGAGUAAAAAUGAUGCCAACAAUAUGUAG